AUGUUCUGCCUCACCUACGUGCUGUGCCUGUGUUUGCUCUGUCUGCGGUUUGUGACCUCACAGUGGAGAGGUGGAUUCUCCAGGGAGGGUUCAGGUCUGCAGUUCAUCUGGCAUCCCGUCCUGAUGGUGUCUGGACUGCUGGUUCUGUAUGGCAACGUGGUCACCUGGAUGCAGAAGAAGCACAUCUGGAAGCUGCUGGGUCUGUUUGCUGUGUUUGACUUCCACAUACCUGACCUGUACUCUCUGCACAGCUGGGUGGGCAUCUGUACUGUAGUACUGUUUACAUUCCAGGUGCUCCAGUUUCUUGUCACAGUCCCAGACGUGCAGGUCUAA